AUGUUCAAGCAGCUUGCUAUGAAUACAGCCCGUAGGUUGAAAGCUUCUUGUAUUGAUCUUUCAUAUCCCGAACAGGACUAUAUAUUUUAUCGGUCUAGGAGCCGGUAUCUCAGUCUCAGCUUUAUGGAGCUUCCUUUUCUACUACAGACCACUACGAAGAGCGUGCAUCUUUAUCUUGACAAUCGUAUGAGAAUGCUUGAAGAAAGAAGCAGUGCCUUUCCUAAUUACCUAACAGAAACUCCCUAUUUUAAAUUGCGAAUUGCUCGAGAUCGUGUUGUUGAAGAUGCCCUCUUGGCAUUGGAAAUCACCUGUACUGAAAGCCCUGGUGAUUUAAAAAAACAGCUUUAUGUCGAAUUCGAAGGGGAGCAAGGUAUUGACGAAGGAGGUUUAAGCAAGGAAUUUUUCCAGAUGAUAGUCGAGCGCCUCUUCAAUCCUGAUUAUGGCAUGUUUACCUAUGAUCAGACUAUGAAAUCAUACUGGUUUAACUCAGCCCCCGUCGAGGAUAUGGAUCGAGAGUAUUGCUUGAUCGGCACCGUUCUUGGCCUAGCGAUUUACAAUCACGUUAUUCUUGAUGCGCAAUUUCCAACAGUGCUUUAUCGCAAACUGGUUGGAAAACUGGGAACUUUCGAAGAUCUUAAGGAAGCUCAACCUGAUCUAGCAAGGGGGCUUCAGGCUAUGCUCGAAUUUGAUGGUACGGAUGAGGAAUUCGAAGAGAUCUUCUCGAUGUCCUUUGUUAUAACCUAUAAAGAUAUGUUUGGUGAAGCCAUUGUCCAAGAACUUUUGGAGAAUGGAUCGAGGAUUUCCGUUACUAAAUGGAAUCGUAAGCAAUUUGUGGAUUACUAUGCUGACUUUUUGUUGAACAAAUCUGUGAAAAAACAGUUUUCGGCUUUUCGUCGUGGUUUUCAAAUGGUUGUUGAUGAAAGUCCGCUGACAUUCCUUUUUAGGCCGGAUGAACUUGAGCUUCUUGUCCGUGGGAGCCAGGAAUACGAUUUCCUCGAGCUUGAAAGAGUUACUACUUACGAAGGUGACUAUUCUGCGUCCUCUCCUGUAAUUCAAAAUUUUUGGUCAGUACUUCAUGAAAUGGAUAGAGAACAACAGAAGCAACUUUUGCAAUUUGCUACUGGCUCAGACCGGAUUCCCCUGGGUGGUAUGGCUAAAAUGCGUUUCGUAAUUGCUAAACAGGGUCCUGAUUCAGACCGAUACUUUAAGGUCCAUUUAGAUUCUUUUGUCAGCCGUGUCCUACUAUAG